AUGCCUAUGGAAAAAUGCCAUGUAUAUAAAAAUGGUCCCCAUGUGGUGGAGUACAAGUAUUUCUUCAAUACAAGCCUGAUCAGUAACAGUUCGUUAAAAAUCCGGCAUGCAGGGAUGACUGAAACCGCAGAGAAUGCUUAUCCACAGGAUGAGGAUUCCACCUCUUUUGACCUCCUUGGACUCUUUGACAGCAUCCUGCUGCCGUCGACGGUGCUGCUGCGGUUGGACUUGAGCACGCGAAAGCUGCUGCGUGUUUGCUGCAAACGACUGCGCGCAGAGGUGGACGCCCACGUGAGCAGCAUCACCAUUAACAGGUAUAACAUCGCUAAGCUGCAGCCUACCGAGCCCGGCUCCCUGUCCCGCCGCUACCCUCGCCUUCGCCGACUGGCAUUCGGCGCCAAUGAGCCCCGCGAUGUGGCCGCACUGCUGCGCGCACAGCUGCCCACACUCGCCCCCUCCCUGGACUGCCUGGACUUCUGGUCAUAUUACGCCUCCAUCCCCACCGACCUGUGGACGGCGCUGGUGGAGCUCGCACCGCCAGCCCUGACGCUGCGGCUCAACAUUAAUGAGAGCUUGUUGCGCCGCAUGGAGGUGGCGGCCGUCCUGGAUGCACUUGCGGCGCUGCGGGCCGGCCGGCCUGGCCUUGCGGUGGAGUUCAACACGGGGCACACGUCCUUCGGUUUCCGCAGCACUGAGCCCGCAACACUGCGCUUCCUGGCAUCCGCCGACUACGUGCAGUCGCUGGGCUUCAGCAUCGGCCUCAGAGGCAGGGAACUGCAAAACAGCAGCUUCUUCAAGUGCUUUGUAACAGGAGGGGCGGUGGCGGAGGAGGAGGAGGCGGAGGGGCUGCAGCGGAUGCCGACGCAGCCGACGGCAGCAGCGGAGCCGCCGGCGGGGAGCGCUAUCCAGGCGCUGUCUUUGACGCACUACGAGUCGGUAGAGCGGCCGCCGGUUGGUCCGCUGCUGCAUGGCCUACACCUUUUGACGUCACUUCGCAGCCUGACACUGGACUGUGAGAUCAGUCUGUGGGAGCUGAGUCCUCUGUCCUGCUGCCUCGCACUCACGCAGCUCACAGUGGACCUGCUCACAGCCCGGCCUCAAGGACGGCAACCACCACAAGCUGCAGCAGAGGCUCAGCCACCGCCGCCGGCCCCGGCCUUUUUAGCGUUGUGGGACCCUGGCGCAGCGGGUGGCGGCAGAGACGGCGGCUGGGGGGGGACGGCGGCGGCGCCGCUGCCCCAGGUUCUGUCACUGACGCUGGGCAGCGAGUCUCACUCGGCGCAGCCCCUGGCGGAGAUCUUCCCGGGGCUUACGGAGCUGGUUUCGGUGCCAUGCACGCGGCCUGUGGGGGUGUACAACGUGUUCCAUUGCGGGUUGAUGCUGGGGAACGCGUCGCGGCUGACGCGGCUAUCAUUGGGCUGCGUGGUGGCGGUGGAGGCACCGGCAGCACUGGCACGCGUGACAUCGCUGACGUCGCUGGCCUUCACGCACGCUGAUAAUGCCUCCACGUUGGGACUGCUGUACGCUGCGGCGGCGUUGCCAUCGCUACGGCGGCUGGCGCUAUGGGACCACGAGGAUGCCGACGAGUACCUAGCGCUCAAGGCAGAGCUCAUGCCGCCAGCGCUCUUCUCCUCCAAUGACGACCAAGGCGCGGCAGCAGCGCCGCCGCUGCCGUUGUUAUCUCUCCCCCAUCUUGAGGAGCUGGAGGUGCGGGCGACGUCACCGGAGUUUUUCGAUGAGGUGGCUGAAUUGGUGGCAGCUGGUGUACUGCAAUUCGGCGGCGGCGGCUGCACCGGCGGCAGUGGCGGCCUGCGUUGCGCCCGGCUGGACGCCUGUUACGACCCUCCGCUGUUGCGAAUGGAUCGUCUGGGGUCACUGCUGGCCGCACUAGGUCCGGAUCUGCGGCGCGCGGUUGUGUCGGGUUGGGCCACACCUGGGAGCGAGGCGGCCCUGCUGCGGCUGGGGCGCAACAUUGGGCGACCCCACCUGCCCAGCACUCCACAUCCCACACCAACAGCCGGAUGCCGCCACUGCCUCCGGUGCUGCGGACUGCAGCUGCAGCAGCGGCGGCGGCAUCCAGCUCUCUAUCACGGUAUGGAGCCCAGCACCGGGCUGAUCGCUCCUCGGGGCGCAGCAGCGCCGCCGCCAGCCGCAGCGCCAGGCGCUGACUGCGGCUCCGCUGCUGGUCGCACGGGAUGGCCUCCAGCGCAGGGUAGUGCUGGUGUCCACACCCCGCACCUACGGUACAAUCCCUACAUGGUCCCACAUUUGGCAGCCGCGCCCGAAAAACAUUAUCCUCCUGCCAGGGUUGUGUUUGUUCCACGCCACCCACUGCUCCCACCUGUCGGAGAGCAGCACCCGAAGGAAAGUGUCAUCCAUAUCCACGGACGCUGCGCUGGCGUAGGUGCUAUGGCUCCUGCGGCCGCCGCCGCCGCCGCCAUCACGGGGGGUUGGCUACGCGGUUCCACGGGGCCGGCAGGGCUCGCCCCGCACAGUGCGCAGUACGACAGCAGCAAGUUACCAAGUAGGCUUCCGAUGUCAUACGACAUAGGGCCAUACGUGGCAAACUCCCAGUCUAUGAGGUAUCGGACGUGGGCGCAGGUGCCCGUCUACCUUUUGAGAACAUGA